AUGGAUGCAUUCACGGGCUCGGGUCUCAAGAGGAAGUUUGAUGAUGUGGACGUGGGCUCAUCAGUGUCCAACUCCGAUGAUGAGAUCUCCAGCAGUGACAGUGCGGACAGCUGCGACAGCCUCAACCCUCCGACGACUGCCAGCUUCACACCCACCUCCAUCCUGAAGCGGCAGAAGCAGCUCCGGAGGAAGAAUGUUCGCUUUGACCAAGUGACUGUGUACUACUUUGCCCGGCGCCAGGGUUUCACCAGUGUGCCCAGCCAGGGCGGCAGCUCUUUGGGCAUGGCCCAGCGUCAUAACUCCGUACGCAGCUACACGCUCUGUGAGUUUGCUCAAGAGCAGGAGGUGAACCAUCGGGAGAUUCUGCGUGAGCACCUGAAGGAAGAGAAACUGCACGCCAAGAAGAUGAAGCUGACCAAGAAUGGGACAGUGGAAUCCGUGGAGGCCGAUGGCCUGACACUGGACGAUGUUUCCGAUGAAGACAUUGAUGUGGAAAACGUGGAGGUGGACGAUUACUUCUUCCUGCAGCCUCUGCCCACCAAACGGCGACGGGCCCUGCUCAGGGCUUCCGGGGUCCACCGCAUCGAUGCUGAAGAGAAGCAGGAACUGCGAGCCAUCCGCCUGUCGCGGGAGGAGUGUGGGUGUGAUUGUCGGCUGUACUGUGAUCCAGAAGCGUGUGCCUGUAGCCAAGCUGGGAUUAAAUGCCAGGUGGAUCGAAUGUCCUUUCCAUGUGGCUGCUCCCGGGAUGGCUGCGGGAACAUGGCGGGGCGCAUUGAGUUUAAUCCAAUCCGAGUUCGGACUCAUUACCUCCACACCAUCAUGAAGCUGGAGCUGGAGAGCAAGCGGCAGGUGAGCCGCCCACCCGCCCCGGACGAGGAGCCCUCGCCCGCCGCCAGCUGCAGCCUGACCGGAGCCCAGGGCUCGGAGACACAGGACUUCCAGGAGUUCAUUGCCGAGAACGAGACCGCGGUGAUGCACCUCCAGAGUGCGGAGGAGCUGGAGCGGCUCAAGGCCGAGGAAGACUCCAGUGGCUCCAGUGCCAGCGUGGACUCCAGCGUGGAGAGCCUGGGCGUGUGCAUCCUGGAGGAGCCCCUGGCUGUUCCUGAGGAGCUGUGCCCAGGCCUGACAGCGCCCAUCCUCAUCCAGGCUCAGCUGACCCCGGGCUCCUCCGUCCUCUGUUUCGCUGAGAACGCGGACCACCCAACGGCCUCGGCAGCCACCAGCCCAUCCUACUUGAACAGCGGGCCCCUGAUCUAUUACCAGGUGGAGCAGAGGCCAGUCCCCGGGGCCAAAGGAGAGCCUGGUCCGGGAGAAGCCCCACCCUCCCUCCCCAAGGAGAAAGAUCUCAACGUCUUCUCUGUCCCCUUUACCUCACUGGUGGCUUGUAGCCCCACAGACCCCGCCGUGUGCAAACCAGAGGCAGGGAAAGCCUCCACCCUAGAAGCGCUGGGGCCGGAAGCUUGUGUCCCUGAGGAGCGGGAGAAUGAAGACUUCCGCCCCUCGUGGCCCCCCUCCACCCUCCCCUUCUGCACGGACGGUGAAGAGGGCUGUGCGGCAGAGGAGACCUCACAGCCCGGCGAGGACCGGCCCCCCGAAGAGCCUUCUCUGGAACUCCCUCUGGCAGUGUGA